AUGACUGCCGCCCUCCUGCCCUCUCGUGCCCCAGCCCGCUUCGGGUGUAAACCAUGGGUUUGGUGCUUGCUUGUCAAUGACUCCCGUUGGAAAACCCGGACUCCUCCAGAGCUCGUGCCCACGGCGACGCGUUCCAUCGCCAGCCUGCCCCCGUUGCAGAACCCCCGGUGUGCCUUCGACGGAAGCGCCUUCGUGCUCCAGGGGGAAAGUGGCUUCCGGACCGCGCCAACCAGUGCCUGCCCCCGAGUGGCCCGCAGGACGCCUGGUCUUGCCUUCACGAGCCAGAAGAUCCACGGGGUUGGGUUCCCCCUGGCCGGGUCGGCUCCCGCGUCUGUCAAGACCACCGAGGGGGGAAAGCGAGUGUUUGAUCCGAGAGAGGUCGGGCCAAGGCGGGAUGCAAUAUACCCCUUCAGGCUGCUGCUCAGCGUGCGGAACGCUCGGGAAGAACCGGUCCCAUCCCCGUGCAGGAACCUCGGGGAGAAAAACCGGAUUCCCACGCCGUGCAGGAACUCGGGGAAAAACCUGGAUCCCCAAUCCCCCCGCUUCGGGUGUAAACCAUGGGUUUGGUGCUUGCUUGUCAAUGACUCCCGUUGGAAAACCCGGACUCCUCCAGAGCUCGUGCCCACGGCGACGCGUUCCAUCGCCAGCCUGCCCCCGUUGCAGAACCCCCGGUGUGCCUUCGAGAAGGGGGAAGUGCUCCGGAUCGCCGCCAACCAGUGCUGCCCCGAGUGCGCCCGCAGGACGCCUGGGUCUUGCCUUCACGAGCAGAAGAUCCACGAGCACGGGAGCGAGUGGGCCUCGGCCCCCUGCAGCGUGUGCUCGUGCACGGACGGCAAAGUGCGAUGCCGCCCGCAGCCCUGCCCACGGCCGCCGUGUGGACGGCAGGAGCUGCAGUUCGUCCCGGAAGGAAGCUGCUGUCCCGUCUGCGGGGGCCCCGGCAAACCCUGCGCCUAUGGAGGCCGCCUCUUCCAGGACGGGGAAGACUGGCGGCUGGGCCAGUGCGCCCGAUGCCGGUGCAGAAACGGGGUUGCCCAGUGCUUCACGGCCCGGUGCCCGCCGCUGUUCUGUGGCCAGGAUGAGGCCGUCGUCCACGUGCCUGGGAGGUGUUGCCCGCAGUGCUCCGCGCGAUCCUGCUUGGCGGCCGGCCACGUGUACCAGCACGGCCAGCGGUGGAGUGAGGACGCCUGCACGGCCUGUGAGUGUGACCGGGGCCGGGCCAGCUGCCGCAGGCAGGCCUGCCCCCCUCUGAGCUGCGGGAAGGCCCACCGCAGGGCCCGGCGCCCCGGGCAGUGCUGCGAGGAGUGCCUGUCCCCUGCCGGGAGCUGCCGGCACGCCGGGGCCGUGCGGUACCAGGACGAGCUGUGGACGACAGGGGCCUGCGAGUUCUGCGUGUGCGACGGCGGCCGGGUGACCUGCCGGCCCGCGGUGUGCGCCAGAGCGCAGUGUGCCCAGGGGGAAGAGUUGGUUCACUUGGACGGAAAGUGCUGUCCGGAAUGCGUUCCGAGGAGCGGUCACUGUGUCCGCGAGGAAAACGGGGACCCUAUGUCCUCAAAUGCUAGCGCAGUUAAACGUAUUCCAGACGGGGAGAAGUGGGAAGACGGCCCGUGCAGAGUGUGCGAGUGCCGAGGGGCGCAGGUGACCUGCUACGAGCCCUCCUGCCCGCCGUGCCCGGUGGCCACGCUGGCCGUGGAGGUGAAGGGGCAGUGCUGCCCUGGCUGCACCUCAGUGCGCUGCCACCCAGACUGCUUGACCUGCUCCGGCUCUCCGGACCACUGCGACCUCUGCCAGGACCCCACAAAGCUGCUGCAGGGCGGGCGGUGUGUGCACAGCUGCGGGCCGGGCUUCUACCGGGCUGGCAGUCUCUGUGUAGCCUGCCAGCCUCAGUGCGCCACCUGCUCCAGCGGGCUGGGGUGCUCGUCCUGCCGGCCGGCCCUGCUGCUGCAGCUGGGACAAUGCGUGGACGCCUGUGGGGACGGCUUCUACCGGGACGGCCACUCCUGCGCAGCCUGCGGCCCGUCCUGCAGGAGCUGUGGCCCCGGCGGCCCCAGCUGUCUGGCCUGUGCUGGGGGGACCAUGCUGCUCAACGGGACCUGCCUGUCCGCCUGCCCGGGCGGGCACUACGCAGACGCCGCGGGCAGGUGCAGAGCCUGUCACGGCUCGUGCGCCCGCUGCUCGGGGCCGGCCGCCUCCCAGUGCACAGCCUGCGCGUCCGCACACGCCCUUCGCCAGGGACGCUGUCUGUCCAGCUGUGGAGACGGCUUCUACCCCGACCGCGGGGUCUGCAAAGCCUGCCACCCCUCCUGCCUGAGCUGCGUGGGCCCGGGGCCCUCCCAAUGCACCGGCUGCAGGAAGCCGGAGGAAGGGCUGCAGGUGGAGCAGCCGUCCGGGCCAGGGGCCCCCUCUGGGGCCUGUCUCUCCCGGUGUGCAGCCGGGUUCUACCUGGAGAGCACGGGGCUAUGCGCAGCGUGCCACGAGUCCUGCUCCGGGUGUGCGGGGAGGAGCCCCCACAACUGCACGGCCUGCGGGCCGCCCCUCGUGCUGCUGGCCGGCCGGUGCCUGCCCCGCUGUCCGGACGGCUUCUUUGACCAGGACGGCGGCUGUGCAGAAUGCCACCCGACCUGCAGACAGUGCCGUGGGCCGUCGGAAUCGGACUGCAUCUCCUGCCACCCUCACGCCUCGCUCAGCGGCGGGAGCUGCCGGACCGGCUGCCGAGAAGGGCAGUUCCUGGACCUCGCGGGACACUGUGCUGACUGCCACCCGCUGUGCCAGCUCUGCACCGCCAACCUCCACAGCCCAGACGGCAGCCUCUGCCUGCAGUGCCGGGACCCCGGCCACCUGCCGCUCGGGGACCUCUGCGUUCCCGCCUGCCCUUCCGGAUACCACGAGCAGAGGGGAGCUUGUGAGAGGUGCCACUCCUCCUGCAGGGCCUGCCGCGGGCCGGGCCCCUUCUCCUGCUCCUCCUGCCAGGCCAGCCUCGUCCUGUCCCACCUGGGCACCUGCAGCCCCACCUGCUUCCCUGGGCACUACCUGGACGGCAGCCGCGCUUGCCAGCCCUGCGGCCCCCACUGCCACAGCUGCGACGGCCCGGCCAGCUGCACCUCCUGCCGGGACCCCCGCAAGGUCCUGCUCUUCGGGGAGUGCCGGGACGAGGGCUGCCCCCCGCAGCACUACCUCGACUUCCCCACCAACACCUGCAAAGAGUGCGACUGGAGCUGCGAGGCUUGCAGCGGGCCACUGCGCACGGACUGCCUGGGCUGCAUGGACGGGCUCGUGCUGCAGGAUGGGGCCUGCGUGGAGCCGUGCGGGGCCGCGCACUACCGGGACGGCGGCGGCCUCUGCAGAAGCUGUGGCAGCCACUGUCUGCAGUGCCAGGGCCCCCAGGAGUGCAGCCGCUGUGAGCCGCCCUUUUCCUGCUGGAGCCCGGUCCGGUGUGUGCGGGAGUGCGGGCAGGGCCACCGGGCGGACCUCGAGCAGCGCUGCACAGCCUGCCCUCCCGGCUGCCUGCAGUGCGGCCACGGAGACCGGUGCCACCUCUGCGACCACGGGUUCUUCCUGCAGACCGGCCUCUGUUUCCCCAGCUGUGACCCGGGCUCCUCCAACGGGACCUGUGCCGGCGGGACUGGCGCCCCCAGUCUGCAGGUGAAGGGGACCCUGACCCUCCCGAUCGGCUCCGAGAAGCCGCUGGACUUCUCCCUGCUGGACGUCCGGGCCCCGCGGGGCCGGGAGGGGCACCUGCGGUUCCACGUGGCCAGCCCCCCCUCCAACGGGCGCCUGCUGCUGCUGCACCCAGACGGCAGAGACCUGCAGCUGGGCCGGGCCGGCCGCUUCCGCUGGAGCGACCUGAAGGAGAGGCGCGUGCGGUUUGUGCACAGCAGGGAGAAGCUCAGGAAAGGCUACUUCUUCCUGAAAAUCAGCGACCAGCAGUUCUUCUCUGAGCCACAGCUGGUCAACGUUGAAGCAUUUUCAACACAGGCCCCCUACGUGCUGAGGAACGAGGUCCUCCGCGUGGGCCGCGGGGAGGCGGCGGCCAUCACCACUCGGCUGCUGGACAUCCGGGACGAGGACAACCCGCAGGACGUGGUGGUCCGGGUGCUGGACGCCCCCCGCCACGGCCAGCUACGCCACUCCCUGCGGCCGCCGCCCGCGGGCCCCGUGCGCCAGUUCCGGCUGGAGGAGCUGGCCCGGGGCCUCCUCCACUACGCCCACGACGGCUCGCAGGGCCACUCCGACGCGGCCGUCCUGCAGGCCGGGGACGGCCACUCCUUCCGGAACAUUCUGCUGCAGGUGCAGACCCUGCCCCAGAACGACAGAGGCCUGCGGCUGGUGGCUGACCCCAUGGUGUGGGUUCCGGAAGGCGGGAUGCUACAGAUCACCAACCGGAUCUUGCAGGCCGAGGCGCCCGGCGCCAGCGCCGAGGAAAUCGUCUACAAGAUCACGCAAGACCACCCUAAGUUUGGGGAGCUGGUCCUCCUGCUGGACAUGCCGGCGGACAGCCCCGCGGCCGAGGACGGAGGGCAGCACCUGCCGGACGGGAGGACGGCCACGCCUGUGAGCUCCUUCACGCAGCGGGACGUGGACGAGGGCCUCCUCUGGUACUGGCACUCCGGGGGCCCCGCCCAGGGCGACUCCUUCGGCUUCCAGGUGUCCAGCGCCGGGGACGGGGGGAGCGAGCUGGAGAGCCGGACGUUCAACAUCGCCGUCCUGCCCCGGACGCCCGGCAGGCCGGAGCUCUCCGCGGAGACGUCCCUGCACAUGACGGCUCGGGAAGACGGCCCGACGGUCAUCCAGCCUCGCUCCCUCCCCUUCGCGAGCCCCGAGAGGCCGAGCAGGGAGGUCGUGUACAACAUCACGCUGCCUCUGCAGCCCGAGCACGGGACCGUGGAGCACAGGGACCGGCCUCACUCCCCCGUGCGGCGUUUCACGCAGGAGGACGUGAACCAGGGCAAGAUCCUGUACCGGCCCCCGCCGGCGGCCCCCCACCUCCGGGAGAUCACGGCCUUCUCCUUCGCAGGUCUCCCAGAAUCGGUGAAAUUCCACUUCACAGUUUCAGACGGGGAGACCACCAGCCCGGAGACGGCCCUGACCAUCCACCUGCUUCCCGCCGACCCGGCCCUGCCAAGGGUCCAGGUCACGGCUCCGCCGCUGCGGGUCAGCCCUGGCGGCAGCGCGCCUGUAGGACUGGAGCUGGUGGGAAGAGACGGGGAGACAGCGCCGGAAGAACUCGUCUUUGAGCUCCAGAGACCUCCCCAGCACGGCGUGGUCCUGAGGUCCACGGCGGGGCCCCUCGCGCCCCUGGCCGCAGGCGACAGGUUCACCUACGAGGACGUGAAGACAAACGGGCUGCGGUACCAGCACGACGGCUCCCCGGCCCGGGAGGACGCCUUGGAGAUCUCCGUGGGGGACGGUGCCACGGCGACCUCGGUGGACGUGAGAGUGGAGGUGUUGCCUCGGGAGACACGGGGGCCCCGGCUGGCCUCGGGCUCCUCUCUGAGCCUCACCGUUGGCAGCAAACGCUCGGCCGCAAUCACCCGGUCUCACCUGGCCUACGAGGAUGAUUCUUCCCCCGACGCAGAGAUCUGGAUCCGGCUGAGUUCUCCGCCCGAGCACGGCAGGCUCCUGAGAACCUCAGGGCCGGGGGUGGAAGAGCUCUCAGAGCUUGCCAACUUCACCAUGGAAGACAUCAACAACGAGAGAAUUCGGUACUCGGCGGUGUCUGAAGCCGACGGCCGUCUGCUCACUGACGGCUUCCGCUUUUCUGUCUCUGACUCGGACCACAACCAGCUGCACCACCAGGAGUUCACCGUCACCAUCACGCCUGCCGAACACCCGCCCCCCAUCCUCGCUUUCGCGGACCUCAUCACGGUGGACGAGGGGGGUCGGACCCCGCUCUCCUUUCACCAUUUCUUUGCUACGGAGGACCAGGACGGCCUCCGGGGAGACGCGGUCAUUACGCUGAGUGCCUUGCCCAGAUACGGUUGCAUCGAGAACGCGGGGACAGGCGAUCGUUUCGGCCCCGAAACUCCCAGUGGCCGCGAGGCGGCGUUCCCGGUCCGGGACGUCCUGGAAAACUACAUCUACUACUACCAGAGCGUGCACGAAAGCGUGGAGCCCACCCACGACGUUUUCAGUUUUUACGUGAGGCCAUGGCAACGGGCCCUUCGAGAUCGCAGCAUCGACAUACACCAUCGAGGGAGGAAGAAUGACGAGCCCCCCACGAUGACCCUGGGGCCCCUCCGAGUGCGGCCGGGCGAGGCAGCCGUGCUGACCAACUCCUCCCUGAGCCUGCGGGACCUGGACACCCCGGACCACGAGCUGGUGUUCGUGUUGACCAAAACACCCGACCACGGUGACCUCGUCCGGAGGAGGGUGCCUCCCAGCCCCUGGAAGACGGGACCCGUUAGCUCGGGGCUCCUCCUUCACCUACCGGACGUGCUGGCCGGGCUGGUGGGGUACACGCCCCGUGAGCCCCCGUCGGGGGACGAGUUCCGGUUCUCGCUCACCGACGUCCAUGUGGAGUCCGGGAGGGUGGAGAUCCCGUAGAAGUUCCCACCGCCGCACCCCUACCUGGCUGCCAACAGAGGCCUGCGGCUCUCGGCAUCCUUCACCCAGGCCGACCUGGCCUCGGGGACCGUGCAGUACGUGCACUCCGGCGGGACGGGGUCGCCCACAGAUGCCUUCGGCUUCACGCUGUCGGACGGGGUCCACCAGGUUGCAGACACGUUCAGCAUCACCAUUCGGCCGGUGGACGACUCACUGCCCGUCGUCCAGGACUGGGGCACCCGGGUGCAGGGGGGCUCGUGGAAGACCCUCUCCGAGUCCGAGCUCACGGCGGUGGACGGGGAGACCGAGACCUCGACGGCGGGCCCCCGGCAGUUCGGGAUGGACGUUUUCCCGGAGGACGAGGUCACGCCCAGGGUCGUCACCAACCUGGGGCUGCAGUGGCUGCAGUACGUGGACGGCCAGGCCACCAACCUCAUCACGAGGAGGGAGCUGCUCACCACGGACCCGGACACCCCCGACCCCCAGCUCGUCUACCAGAUCACCGCCGGCCCCCGGCACGGCCGCGUGGAGACCAGCCUGCAGCCCGGCAGGGCGGCCGCCGCCUUCUCCCAGGAGGACGUGAACUUGGGCCGGGUCCGCUACGUGCUGCUCGGGGACAAAGUGGGGGAGACGGCGGACAGCUUCCAGUUCCUGGUGAGGGACGGCGAGCCCCACGUGGUCGGCGGGAACACCUUCCACGUCCGGUGGUCGCUCCUGAGCUUCCAGCACGCCAGUUACAGCGUGAGCGAGAGGGGCGGCUCUGUCAGCCUCACCGUGCAGAGGACGGGGCACCUGGGCCAGUACGCCAUCGUGCAGUGCCGCACCGCACCCGGCAACGCCACCGCCAGCACCGCGGGCAGCUCCCAGCCGGGCCGGCAGGACUACGUGGAGCACGCCGGACAGGUGCAGUUCGAGGAGUGGGAGGAUGCCAAGUCCUGCUCCGUGGCCAUCAACGACGACCCCGUGUUCGAGGGCCCGGAGAGCUUCGAGGUGGAGCUCAGCACCCCGGCCUACGCCCUGCUGGGGGCGGUCCCCCGGGCGACCGUCGUCAUCCUCGACCCCGAGGACCAGCCCACCCUGGAGUUCGACAGGGACACCUACCGGGUGGCCGAGAGCGCCGGCUUCGUCUACGCGGCCAUCGAGAGGCGAGGGGACGCGAGCAGCGCCGUGUCCGCCGUCUGCUACACGGUGCCCCGGUCGGCCAUGGGGAGCAGCCUCCGCGCCCUGGAGUCCGGCUCGGACUUUAGGUCCCGCGGGAUGUCCCCCGAGAGCCGGGUCACGCUGGGGCCCGGCGUCACCAGGGCCACCUGCGAGGUCAUGCUGGUGGACGACAGCGAGUACGAGGAGGAGGAGGAGUUCCAGGUCGCCCUGGCCCACCCGUCCCCCAACGCCCGCCUGGGGAGGCUGGCCUCGGCCACCGUGCUCAUCAGGCGGCGCCAAGCGAGCGCUGCAGCCGUGGUCCUGGGGGACUCGGCCUUCAAGGUGGACGAGGACGCAGGCACGGUGAGGAUCCCGGUCAUCCGCCAGGGGACCGACCUGUCCACCCUCACUUCCGUCUGGUGUGCCACCCGGCCCUCGGACCCGGCCUCCGCCACCCCGGGCGUGGACUACGUCCCCAGCUCCAGGAAGGUGGAGUUCGGGCCCGGCGUCACGGAGCAGUUCUGCGCCCUGACGAUCCUGGACGACACUCAGUACCCGGCGAUCGAAGGGCUGGAGACCUUCGUGGUCUUCCUGAGCUCCGCGCAGGGGGCCGAGCUGACCAAGCCGUCCCAGGCCGUGGUCGCGAUCAACGACACNNCGCCCUCAGUGCCCAGCAUGCAGUUCGCCCGGGACGCGCUGCGGGUGGCCGAGAAGGAGGGCGUCCUGCAGGCCCCGGUGGCCCGCAGCGGGGACCUGAGCUACGCGUCGUCCGUGCGCUGCUACACACGUGGCCUCUCGGCCCGGGCCCCGGACGACUUCGGGGAGAGGCCGGACGCGGAGGCCUCCCGCGUCACCUUCCUGAAGGGGGAGCAGGUGAAGAAUUGCACCGUGUACAUCCGUGACGACUCCGUGUUUGAGCAAGAGGAGCAGUUCAGGCUGCACCUGGGCCACCCCCUGGGGAACCACUGGAGCGGAGCCAGAAUCGGCAAGAGUCACGUGGCCACCGUCACCAUAUCCAACGAGGAAGACGCGCCCAGGGUGGAGUUUGAAGAGGCCGCCUACCAAGGUCCCGCGGAGCCCGGCGGGCCGGAUCCGGUGGCGGUUCUGGACGUCAAGGUGGUCCGCAGAGGGGACCACAACAGGACCUCCAAGGUCCGCUGCAGCACCCGGGACGGCUCGGCCCGGUCCGGCGUGGACUACUACCCGAAGAGCCGCGUCCUCACGUUCCGCCCUGGCGAGGACCACGUCUUCUUCAACGUGGAGAUCCUGUCCAACGAGGACCGGGAGUGGCAGGAGUCCUUCUCUCUGGUGCUGGGCCCGGAUGACCCGGUGGAGGCUGUGCUCGGGGACCUGCCCACAGCCACCGUGACCAUCCUGGACCAGGAGGCGGCCGGGAGCCUCAUUCUGCCAGCACCGCCCGUGGUGGUCACGCUGGCGGACUACGACCACGUGGAGGAGGUCACCAAGGAGGGAGCCAGGAAGGCCCCCUCGCCCGGCUACCCGCUGGUCUGCGUCACCCCCUGCGACCCCCGCUUCCCCCGGUACGCCGUCACCAAGGAGCGGUGCGGCCGAGCCGGCAUCACCAGUACGUCCGUGCACUUCAGCUGGGAGGUCGCCCCCACCGACAGCAAUGGGGCCCGGUCGCCCUUCGAAACCGUCAGCGACAGCACGCCCUUCACCAGCGUCAACCACAGGGUGGAGUUCUGGGUGCGCAGGCCGGCGGGCGGGGAGAGGGACGGGGUUCCCCCUGUGACCGAGACCCUGUCGGAUUCUUCCGGGUCUGUGCACGGCUCCUGGGAUUUCCAGCAAAGCAGGGUGCACGCUCGGAUCCACAUUUCCGUGCAGAUCCCGCACCAGGACGGGAUGCUGCCGCUCAUCUCCACGCUGCCGCUGCACAACCUGCACUUCCUGCUGUCCGAGUCCAUCUACCGACACCAGCAUGUCUGCUCCAACCUGGUGUCCGCCCACGACCUGCGGGGCGUCUCCGACGCAGGGUUCCUAGACGACCCACUCCACGCCAGCACCGCCCUGGGCCCCGGCUACGACCGCCCCUUCCAGUUCGACGCCAGCGUGCGGGAGCCCAAGACCAUCCGGCUGUACAAGCACCUGAACCUCAAGAGCUGCGUGUGGACCUUCGACGCCUACUACGACAUGACGGAGCUGAUCGACGUCUGUGGGGGCUCCGUGACCGCCGACUUCCAGGUGGGCAGACUCGGGCAGUCCUUCCUGACGGUGCAUGUCCCCCUGUACGUGUCACGUGUAGUCGCCCCCCCGGGCUGGGCCUCCCUGGAGCACCACACGGAGAUGGAGUUCUCCUUCUUCUACGACACUGUGCUCUGGAGGACAGGGAUCCAGACCGACAGCGUGCUCUCCGCCAGGCUCCAGAUCCUGAGAAUCUACAUCCGCGAGGACGGCCGGCUGGUCAUCGAGUUCAAGACCCACGCCAAGUUCAGAGGGCAGUUUGUCAUGGAGCACCACACCCUCCCCGACGCGAAGUCCUUCAUCCUGACCCCGGACCACCUGGGGGGCAUCCAGUUCGACCUGCAGCUUCUCUGGAGUGCUCAGACCUUCGACUCCCCGAAUCAGCUCUGGAGAGCCACGAGCUCUUACAACAGGCAGUGCCAGGAGAAGAGGAGGAGGAAGGAGGAGGAUGCUCUGCAGGCCCAGGCUCUGCGCAGCUGCAAGGUGGCGGCCGCGGGCAGGUGCAGCCCGGGCCGCGUGGACAGGGACAGGGGCUGCCCCGCGUGGGACGCCGGCCUCGGCGCCAGAGUGAGGAGGCUGAGCCCGGAGGCCAGAGCCCGCGAGGAUCUGCAGGAUGGGACAGAAGUGUGACAGGCAGGGCCCCCACCCCUUGCAGUUUUGCUCUGCUCUGUUUUUCCCAGAGUCUCGGUGUUUUUUUUAUAUAAAGCUGGGGCCGGGUGGGGAGGGAGGGGUAAAGGGGAAAUUGCUGGUAUUUUUGUAUCGGUCUUGCAGAGGGGAAAGAGGAAAAGAGAAAUAGAAAGGGAAGGGGACAGUCGAGGACGGCGGGCGCCACACCCGUAGGCUGGCAGGUGAGCUGCCUGGAGGAGCAGAGAACCACCGAGAAGCCCCAGAGAACUGGAACAGGGUUAUUCCUGUAGGGUUAUUCCUGUAGGGUUAUUCCUGUAGGGUUAUUCCUGUAGGGUUAUUCCUGUAGGGUUAUUUCCGUAGGGUUAUUUCCGUAGGGUUAUUUUCUGUAGGGUUAUUUUCUAUAGGAUUAUUUUCUGUAGGGUUAUUUCUGUGGGAUUAUUUUCUUGGCAUUAUUUCUGUAGAAUUUUUUCUGUAGGAUUAUUUUCUAUAGGGUUAUUUCUGUGGGAUUAUUUUCUAUGGGGUUAUUUCUGUGGGAUUAUUUUCUGUAGAAUUAUUUCUAUGGGAUUAUUUUCUGUAGGAUUAUUUUCUGUAGGAUUAUUUCUGUAGGGUUAUUUCUGUAGGGUUAUUUCUGUGGGAUUAUUUUCUGUAGAAUUAUUUCUGUGGGAUUAUUUUCUGUAGGAUUAUUUUCUGUAGGAUUAUUUCUGUGGGAUUAUUUUCUGUAGGAUUAUUUUCUGUAGGGUUAUUUCUAUAGGGCUAUUUUCUGUAGGAUUAUUUCUGUAGGAUUAUUUUCUGUAGGAUAAUUUUCUGUAGGAUUAUUUUCUGUAGGGUUAUUUCUGUAGGGUUAUUUUCUGUAGGGUUAUUUUCUGUAGGAUUAUUUUCUGUAGGAUAAUUUUCUGUAGGGUUAUUUUCUGUAGGAUUAUUUCUGUAGGAUUAUUUUCUGUAGGGUUAUUUCUGUAGGGUUAUUUUCUGUAGGGUUAUUUCUGUAUUUUGCUAGUGUCGGCAGCUGUCAGUGGCCCCUUCCUCGGGGCUGAUGGUAGGAAAUCAGCAGCUUUGGUGGCAGGACAGGAGCUUGGGAGUCCGGUUAUAGGACCGGGAAUGUACCAGGUCCCAGAGAGACCGAGCGAGUGCAGGAGUCUCAGUUUCCUCUCCCACCCACUCCCCCGGAUUUCUCCUACUUGGGCUUUUCCUGGGUUUCUGGACGGGAGAGCAGGAAUUGUUGACACCCGGAUUCCUUUGAAAAUUCUGCCGAUUCUAACUUGAAAUAGCUCCUGAAGAAGGGCCAAAAAGAAAGAAAGAAAGAAAAAUAAUAGAUAUUAUUAGAAAUUUAAAAAUAUAUAGUAUAAAAAAAUA